AUGGCCCCCACCGGCGAAGCCACCGUCCCCAAGAGCACGAAGAUGCACUCAAAAGUGGUCAUCAUCGGAUCCGGCCCUGCUGGCCACACUGCGGCCAUCUACCUCGCGCGUGCGAACCUCGACCCCGUUCUCUUCGAGGGCUUCAUGGCGAACGGCUUUGCUGCGGGCGGUCAGCUCACGACGACGACCGAUGUCGAGAACUUCCCCGGCUUCGCAUCUGGGAUCCUCGGGCCCGAGCUCAUGGACAAGUUCCGCGCCCAGUCGCUCCGCUUCGGGACGAAGGUGAUCACCGAGACGGUGGCGAAGGUGGACCUCUCCGCGCGGCCGUUCCGGUACUGGCGCGAGUUCCAGGAGGACCAGGAGCCGGAGACGGCGGACGUGCUCAUCCUCGCGACGGGCGCGUCCGCGAAGCGGCUCCACCUCCAGGGCGAGGAGACGUACUGGCAGUCCGGCAUCUCCGCGUGCGCGGUGUGCGACGGCGCGGUGCCCAUCUUCCGGAAUAAGCCGCUCGCGGUCAUCGGCGGCGGCGAUUCGGCGGCAGAGGAGGCGACCUACCUGACCAAGUACGGCUCGCACGUCUACGUGCUCGUCCGCCGCGGGGAGCUCCGCGCGUCCAAGAUCAUGGCGAAGCGGCUCAUGUCGCACCCGAAGGUCACCAUCCUCUGGAACACGGUCGCGACGGAGUGCCAGGGGGACGGCGACCUGCUGAACAACCUGCGGAUCAAGAACCCCGCGACGCAGCUCGUCCGCGGCCAGCUCCAGACGGACAUCGACGGGUACAUCGUCACCGUGCCGGGUACGACGCAGACGAGCGUGAAGGGCGUGUACGCCGCGGGCGACGUCCAGGACAAGCGGUACCGCCAGGCGAUCACCUCGGCGGGCACGGGCUGCAUGGCGGCGCUCGAGGCGGAGCGGUUGAUUUCGGAGGAGGAGGAGGGGCUUGAGGAGUGA